AUGAUGUGGAUUCAUUACACCAAAAACACCAGCGUGCCAAAAGAGCAAUUUCACACGAGGACCAGUUUUUACGUCUAAAUUUCCAUGCCCAUGGAAGACAUUUCAACCUACGGAUGAAGAGGGAUACAUCCCUUUUCAGUAAUGAAUUUAAAGUAGAAACAUCAAAUGAAGUACUUGAUUAUGAUACCUCUCAUAUUUACACUGGACAUAUUUAUGGUGAAGAAGGAAGUCUUAGCCAUGGGUCUGUUAUUGAUGGAAGAUUUGAAGGAUUCAUCCAGACUCGUGGUGGCACAUUUUAUGUUGAGCCAGCAGAGAGAUAUAUUAAAGACCGAACUCUACCUUUUCAUUCUGUCAUUUAUCAUGAAGAUGAUAUUAACUAUCCCCAUAAAUAUGGUCCACAGGGGGGCUGUGCAGAUCAUUCAGUAUUUGAAAGGAUGAGGAAGUACCAGAUGACUGGUGUAGAGCAAGUAACACAGACACCUCAAGGAGAACAUGCCGUUAAUGGUCCAGAACACUUGAGGAAAAAACGUACAACUUCAGCUGAAAGAAAUACUUGUCAGCUUUAUAUUCAGACUGAUCAUCUGUUCUUUAAAUAUUACGGAACACGAGAAGCUGUGAUUGCCCAGAUAUCCAGUCAUGUUAAAGCAAUUGAUACAAUUUACCAGACCACAGACUUCUCUGGAAUCCGCAACAUCAGUUUCAUGGUGAAACGAAUAAGAAUCAACACAACUGCUGAUGAGAAGGACCCUACAAAUCCGUUUCGAUUCCCAAAUAUUGGCGUGGAGAAGUUUCUGGAAUUGAAUUCUGAGCAGAAUCAUGAUGACUACUGUUUGGCCUAUGUCUUCACAGACCGAGAUUUUGAUGAUGGUGUUCUUGGUCUGGCUUGGGUUGGAGCACCUUCAGGAAGCUCUGGAGGAAUAUGUGAAAAAAGUAAGCUGUAUUCAGAUGGUAAGAAGAAGUCCUUAAACACUGGAAUUAUUACUGUUCAGAACUAUGGGUCUCAUGUACCCCCCAAAGUCUCUCACAUUACUUUUGCUCAUGAAGUUGGACAUAACUUUGGAUCUCCACAUGAUUCUGGAACAGAGUGCACUCCAGGAGAAUCUAAGAAUUUAGGACAAAAAGAAAAUGGCAAUUACAUCAUGUAUGCAAGAGCAACAUCCGGGGACAAACUUAACAACAAUAAAUUCUCACUCUGUAGUAUUAGAAAUAUAAGCCAAGUUCUUGAGAAGAAGAGAAACAACUGUUUUGUUGAAUCUGGCCAGCCUAUUUGUGGAAACGGGAUGGUAGAGCAAGGUGAAGAAUGUGACUGUGGCUACAGUGACCAGUGUAAGGACGAGUGCUGCUAUGAUGCAAACCAGCCAGAGGGGAAGAAAUGCAAGCUGAAGCCUGGGAAGCAGUGCAGCCCAAGUCAAGGUCCCUGUUGUACAGCACAGUGUGCAUUCAAAUCAAAAACUGAGAAGUGUCGGGAUGAUUCAGACUGUGCAAAAGAAGGAAUAUGUAAUGGCAUCACAGCUCUGUGCCCAGCCUCUGAUCCUAAACCAAACUUUACAGACUGUAAUAGGCAUACACAAGUGUGCAUUAAUGGGCAAUGUGCAGGUUCUAUCUGUGAGAAGUAUGGCUUGGAGGAGUGUACCUGUGCCAGUUCUGAUGGCAAAGAUGAUAAGGAAUUAUGCCAUGUCUGCUGCAUGAAGAAGAUGGAUCCAUCAACUUGUGCCAGUACAGGGUCUCUGCAGUGGAGCAAGCACUUCGUUGGUCGAACCAUCACCUUGCAACCUGGAUCCCCCUGCAAUGAUUUUAGAGGCUACUGUGAUGUUUUCAUGCGAUGCAGAUUAGUAGAUGCUGAUGGCCCUCUAGCUAGGCUUAAAAAAGCAAUUUUUAGUCCAGAGCUCUAUGAAAACAUUGCUGAAUGGAUUGUGGUUUAUUGGUGGGCUGUAUUACUUAUGGGAAUUGCCCUGAUCAUGCUAAUGGCUGGAUUUAUUAAGAUAUGCAGUGUUCAUACUCCAAGUAGUAAUCCAAAGCUGCCUCCUCCUAAACCUCUUCCAGGCACUUUAAAGAGGAGGAGACCUCCACAGCCCAUUCAGCAGCCCCAGCGUCAGAGGCCCCGGGAGAGUUAUCAAAUGGGACACAUGAGACGUUAACUGCAGCUUUUGCCUUGGUUCUUCCUAGUGCCUACAAUGGGAAAACUUCACUCCAAAGAGACACCU